GCUCAGGGUCUUCAUCUUGCAUUUCCAGAAAAGGAACCGGUGAAUUCUAAAAACAGAGGAACAGAAAAUGUCAGCACAUUAACUCAAGUGAGUGCAACAUAAUUCUAAAGGAUUUGAAAUCUCGGAAAACAAUGAGUGCACACAAAGGGAAAUAAUAAAUUCAGAAUUCACUUACAUCUGGGCCCCUUUUGGAGUUUGAGCUGGAGGAAUGGACACCUGAUGAAUCUGAAGAUUUUAACGAUGAGGAUGAUGAGGAAGAUUUUGACGAUGAGGAUGAUGAGGAAUGUAAAGUUUCCAAAACUUUGGGUGAGGGCCUGCAAGUCCUGACCUUCCUGUGCAGCAGUUCUGAUAGUGUAUCUGCAAAUACACACCAAUAUUGGCAUUAUUAUUGGCAUAUUUCAUUAGAAUUAAAAAUUAAGUUCACCGUUCAAGGCGCAUACUCAAAGUACCUGCAGUAGCAAGGAUGGUUGCCGGAUACAUUCCCGGCCCGGCCUGGUUGUCUGACCCGGCUUCAAAGUCAGGAAUCGUCGCCAGUCGCUUCUUAGCUUCUUGCAACGUUUCCAUGCGUUUCCCGAUGGUUUUCGGGGACCAAAACGCACUCACAACCUUAUUUUUGGUGAACUUGGUCCCCUUAACCUCAGGAAUGCAACACAGUGGGAUGUCGGCGAUGCUCUUCUUUUGAUCCAAAAAUUGGACAGUGCCAUGGGGAGUCUCACUUAAGGCAAGAUGAGUAGUGCCCUCUGUGGAUUUAGUUGGUUUGGGCAUUCUGACUUAGGUACCUCUAAUUAACACGAAAGAAAACUCGGUGCAACCGCUUCGACGCUUUGGCUGGAGAGAAAGGACGCUACGCUGUAACCAAGGAAACGGAUGAGCGACCACGACCACGGGCGAUCACGUGCAUCUAUGAAAAGUUUUUGAGGCAAGUUCCUUUGAAUUCUUCCACUGUACGCAUAUGACACUACUUUUAUUCUCCGCGAAUUUUCCAGUCAAUGUCUUUAUAAUAUUAGAAUGCACCCUAUUCCGUGUCAGUAUCUUUUGAACACCUGGGUGAGCGUAGAAAUCAGUUUCGCAGUGAUGUUAUUUCUCAUAUAUGAUUCGAUAUCUCGAUCGUGGUCGCAACAACGCUCGAUAGCUCGAUAGGCUUGAUUACUCGCGAGGCAGGCACAGACGUAAACAAAAAACUUUGCCUAUAAGUCGUUUUCUGGGCUGGAAAUUAAGAACUCUUCACGUAUACAGGUGUUAUUGUUUCAAUAUCACUGUUUCAGAGCAGAAGCAAGCAUGCAUCGGAGGCGGCUGAACGAUUACCGGCAAUACUUGGAGGGGAAACGUGACUCUGCUGUUCCAAUUUCCAACCGUACUGCUCGUGCUUGGUUAGAGCAAGGAAAAGCAACUGCAACAGAACUAGUUGCAUUGGGAAUAUACCCAGUUAAGGCCCAACAAGGCAGAAAGAACAUCAAGGCUGUGCACCUAGUUCUUCAGCCAACCCUGAAGAGCACCUGCUACACAUCAACUCAACUUCUACCAGUGGCAGUGACGAUGACUCUGAGGGUGGAACUGCGUCUUUGCAUGGAACGACUGCCUCUGGGCUUAGUGGUGGUGAUACUAAUUCUGUUCGCUCUGACUUAG